CUCCUAGUUUUGCCUGGAAACACGAUGAAAACCUUCAUUGUAGUGUGUUUGGCUCUGGCUAGCUUCGCCUGUGCGGAGCAGGGAUCUUUCCCUGGGUACUCCACGUUUGGGUACCUGGAGAAGUAUGCUAUUCCUCAUGCGGAGAAGCUUCGCGCGGCUGAGGAAAAAUUCCUCGCUAGCCAGGCUGGCUCCAGGAUCGUAGGUGGAGUUCCCGCUGGCCAGGGACAAUACCCGUACCAGGCUGGUCUCCUCCUCUCCAUCAUCGGUUUCGAAGGCAACGGUAUCUGCGGAGGCUCCCUCAUCAGCGCCAACCGCGUGGCUACAGCCGCCCACUGCUGGUUCGACGGUAUCCACCAAGGAUGGAAGGUCACAGUCGUGCUCGGUUCCACCCUGCUCUUCUCCGGAGGCACCCGUCUUGAGACCAGCGUGGUCGCCAUGCACCCUAACUGGACUCCUGCACUCGUCCGCAAUGAUGUUGCUGUGAUUUACUUGCCCAACUCUGUACAGAUUUCAGCCAAUAUUGCACCAAUUGCUUUGGCUAGUGGAUCUUCUGAAUUCGCCGGUGUCUCCGCUAUUGCCUCUGGUUUUGGAUUGACAAGCUCCAACGGACAAAUCACCGCUAACCAGUUCCUGAGCCACGUCAACCUGAACGUGAUCACCAACAGCGCCUGCAGCGUCGCCUUCCCCUUCAUUGUCCAGCCUUCCAACAUCUGCACCAGUGGUAUCGGUGGUGUUGGUACUUGCAGCGGUGACUCUGGCGGUCCUCUUGUCACCAACCAGAAUGGACAAAAUGUCUUGAUUGGUAUCACUUCCUUCGGCUCGGCUUUCGGCUGCCAAGUCAACUUGCCAUCAGUCUUCGCACGUGUCACAUCAUUCGUCUCCUUCCUCAACCAACAUUUAUUUAAUAUAAAUACAAACCAACUAGCUCGAUUUGUGACUUGGUUAAUUAACAUCAUAAUGAAGGUGAUAAUUGUGCUAGCUUUGGCGACUCUCGCCUACGCGAACGUUUCACCUCCGAUUGAGGGUAACACCGCUUACGGAUACAUCCAGAACUAUGCAAUCCCCUUGGCCGAAGAAAUCCGCAAAGCGGAGGAACAAAUGAGCCCUGAGAGGAUUGUUGGUGGAAACCCAUCCAACGCUGGUCAAUUCCCCUACCAAGCUGGUCUUCUCGCCUCCUACGCUGGUAUCUCUGGCACUGGUGUGUGCGGAGGUUCCCUGGUCAGUGCCAACCGUGUCAUCACCGCUGCCCACUGCUGGUUUGACGGUGUCAACCAGGCUUGGCUCUUCACCGUAGUCCUUGGAUCCACUACUCUCUUCUCUGGUGGUACUAGGAUCGACACCAGCGCUGUUGCUCUUCACCCUAACUGGCAGCCUCUGCUAGUCCGUAACGAUGUUGCCGUCAUCUACUUGCCAAGCAAUGUUCAAUUCUCAAACACCAUCUCCCCAAUUGCUCUGCCUUCGGGAAGCCAACUUAACCAGGACUUCGUCGGAGUUACCGCUGUUGCCUCUGGUUUCGGUUUAACUAGUGACGGUGGCUCCAUUUCAACUGGCCAAGUCCUUAGCCACGUCAACUUGAGCGUCAUCUCCAACAGCGUCUGCUCAUUCGCCUUCCCCUUGAUCUUGCAAUCCUCCAACAUCUGCACCAGCAGCCUUGGUGGAGUCAGCACUUGCAGAGGAGACUCUGGUGGCCCUCUUGCCAUCACCAGUGGUGGACAGCCUGUCCUGAUCGGUAUCAUCUUUCGGCUCUGCUCUGGGCUGCCAGGCUGGUUUCCCUGCUGCCUUCGCCCGUGUCACCUCCUUCGUAGACUUCUUCAACCAGCACAUCAACUAAGUUAUGAAAUAAAAUAGCAAAUAUACUUUAAUUUAUCACCUA